AUGAGCCAUCAGUUCCAAGUGAGCUAUACCGCCCUUGAGAUGACCGAUGACAAUCAUCAUGCUUCCUCCAUGCCGUCGGUGGUGUCGUCAUCAUCGCCGCGCACCGCUCGUAUUGUCAAUUUCCAUGGCGAAAUCCAUGAUACACCACCCACACCACCACCCGGCUAUCCACCGCAACAAUUGCCACCAGUACGUCGCACUUCGAAAUCCUUCUUUCAACGGCCGCGCUCGAUGUCCGCUUGGAGUGAUAUUAGCCGCAGUAGUAUGCGUUUGGAUGAACGGUAA